AGCGCGGCUCCGCGCACGAUGUCGUAUCGGGUGCCAGAACGAGCCGAUUAAUCGGAAACCUCUCCUAUCUGCAGAGUUCGAGACUUCGUGAUGCUCUGAAUCGGAACCUACUCGUGAAUCGGAACCUGUGAUCAAAGGAUGGCGAUCUCAGAUAUCGUCGGCGGCUUGGCCGAUAACCCGUAUUUCGGAGCCGGUGCCGGCCUCUUCGGAGUCGGUGUACUGACCGCCGCCGCUCGGAAGGGAAUGCAAGCGGGAAUGAUUUUGUUCCGACGGCAUUUCAUGAUGACUCUGGAAGUUUCAAGACGUGACAAAUGCUACGAGUGGCUCCUGCAAUGGAUCACGAACAACACCAAACACACACAACACCUUAGCGUCGAAACCAAGUUCGAACAAUUGGAGACUGGGAAAGUGAAGACACAUUUCGAUUUCAUCCCAAGCGUCGGCACGCAUUUCUUCUCCUACAAGAAUACGUGGAUCCGAGUGGAGAGGAACCGAGAGCCUGGUUCACAGGGCUUCAACUUCGAGGGCCAGCCCUUCGAAACAGUGCAGUUGACGGCGUUCGGUCGAGACCGUUCUAUCUACUUCGAUAUACUCGAGAGAGCGCGGAAAGAAGCACUCCACAAAGAUGUCGGGAAAACCCUCAUGUACACCGCCUUCGGUGCAGACUGGCGGCAGUUCGGGGCUCCCAGGGAACGAAGACCCUUGGAGAGCGUGAUCCUGGACGAAAAUGUAAAAGAGAGAAUCAUCGAGGACGUCAGAGAGUUCAUUGCGACCCCCGACUGGUAUCUGGAGCGUGGGAUCCCGUACAGAAGAGGCUAUCUGCUCUACGGGCCGCCGGGCAGUGGAAAAAGCAGUUUCAUUACCGCGCUAGCCGGGGAGCUCGAGUACGGAAUUUGUGUUCUGAAUCUCAGCGACCGCUCUCUGAGUGACGACCGACUGAACCAUCUGAUGAACGUGACGCCUCCGCACACUAUUGUACUGCUGGAGGACGUCGACGCGUGUUUCGUCUCCCGCGAAAAACCAACGGAAGAAUCGUCCAGAGCCUUCGAGGGCUUAAAUCGCGUGACGCUCAGCGGACUGCUAAAUAUGCUCGACGGGGUUGUGUCAGCCGAGGCGAGACUGCUGUUCAUGACAACGAAUCACAUCGAUCGUCUCGACCCUGCCUUGAUUCGACCGGGACGGGUUGAUGUCAAAGAGUAUAUUGGUGAUGCCAGCGAUUAUCAAUUGAAGGGCAUCUUCAGAAGGUUCUACGCGAACGUAGAUGAUGCUCUGGCGGAGAAGUUCGUCCAAAAAAUUCGGAACAAACGCAGCAAGGUCAGCAUGGCACAGAUUCAAGGUCUUUUCAUGUUCUACAAGGAAUCGCCGCGCACGAUGAUCGAUGAGGGGAUCGAUAGGCUCUUCAACCAGUGAGAAUUGGGUCGCUCACUUAGUCAAUAGCAUGUUUAAUUAAUCGCUUGGGAAUAAACAAAACAAAGAACGCGCGGCU